AUGGGUAAGGGUCGUCGUAUGAAGAAGCAGGGCCCUCCGGCCCCGCUCGAUGAGUCGAAAAUCACGACAUUCAAAAAGCGCAAGGCCGCCGAGCCCGAAUCCAAACCAGAGUCGGGCGCGAAGCGGAGAAGAGCUGCGGCGGAGGACGAUGAGCCCGUGAAAAAGGUUUCCAAGAAGAAGGCGGAUGCCACUGUGACGAAUGGAAAGACGACCAAAGAUGCGUCCGCGGGCAAGGGAAAGCCCAAGGAGAAGCCCACGCAGAAGAAGCAGCUUUUCGCGGAAUCGGACGACGAAGAAGAGGACGACGAGGAAAUGUCUGGCCUUGACGACGCAAUGGCGGACGAGUUCGGCGAUCUGGACGAUAUUAGCGACGGCUCGAUGGAUAGCCAGGAGGAGGGCGAUUCCGACGAAGAGAAUGAUUCUUUCAUGGACUCCGAUGAAGAAGACCACCCUCACGCCAACCUGUUCUCCGACGACGAAUCCGACGCCGAGGAGAAAUUGACCGCCGCCAACAUCGCAGGACUGUCCCGUAAACUCGACCUCGAGAAGAAACAGGAAGAAGAGGAGGCCGAACAAGAACUGAAGGAGGCCGCCAUGCAGACCAACAUCGCCGGACCUGACGUCUUCGGAGAUGCAGAGGCCACUGUGGGCCACGGCCUGGCCCCCGAUUUGCAAUUGCUCCGCACACGAAUCACAGAUACCAUCCGCAUUCUGGGAGACCUGAAGACGCUGGGCCAGCCGGGCAAGUCCCGUGCCGAUUACCUCCAGCUCCUGUUGAACGACAUCUGCACCUACUACGGAUACACGCCGUUCCUAGCCGAAAAGCUCUUCAACCUCUUCACCCCCAUGGAAGCCUUCGCCUUCUUCGAAGCCAACGAAACCCCUCGCCCCGUCGUCAUCCGUACCAACACCCUGCGCACGAACCGUCGGUCCCUCGCCCAAGCCCUCAUCAACCGCGGUGUGGUGCUCGAGCCCGUCGGCAAGUGGUCCAAGGUCGGCCUACAGGUCUUCGAGUCUGCCGUGCCCCUCGGUGCCACGCCCGAGUACCUUGCCGGCCACUACAUCUUGCAAGCGGCCUCCUCUUUCCUCCCCGUCAUGGCGCUGGCCCCGCAGCCCGAAGAGCGCAUUCUCGAUAUGGCCGCCGCCCCCGGUGGUAAGACGACGUACAUCUCGGCGCUGAUGCGCAACACGGGCUGCGUGAUCGCCAACGAUGCCAGCAAGCCCCGUGCCAAGGGUCUGAUCGGUAACAUCCACCGUCUGGGCUGCAAGAACACGAUCGUGACGAACCUGGACGCGCGCACGGCCUUCCCCAAGGCGAUGGGCGGCUUCGACCGCGUGCUCCUCGACGCACCCUGCACCGGAACCGGCGUCAUCUCCAAGGACCCAGGCGUCAAGACAAACAAGAACGAGCGCGACUUCCUCGCCAUCCCGCACAUGCAGCGCCAGCUGCUUCUCGCCGCUAUCGACUCCGUCGACCACGCGUCCAAAACCGGCGGCUACAUCGUCUACUCGACGUGUAGCGUGACGGUCGAGGAGAACGAGGCCGUCGUGCAGUACGUGCUGAAGAAGCGCCCCAACGUCAAGCUCGUCGACACCGGCCUCGGCGACUUCGGCUCCCCCGGCUUCACCAACUACAUGGGCAAGCACUUCGACCCCAAGAUGACCCUGACCCGCCGCUACUUCCCGCACCGCGAGAACGUCGACGGUUUCUUCGUCUCCAAGUUCAAGAAGAUCGGCCCCACGCCCGCGGGCAAGCCCGCCGUCGACGGCGCCGCUGCCACCGCCUCCUCGACGAACAAGCCUGCCGAGACCGCCGGCACGACGGACGAUGAGGUCGUCGACAAGACGCCCAUCACCGAUGAGGACGGUACCGUCAUGGAUGCCGAGGGUGGUGCCUUCGGCCCGUUCGAGGAAGACGAGGAUGCGGAGCGUAUCGCGCGCGCGGAGCGCAACCGUCUCCGUCGGAAGGGACUGAACCCCAAGGCUGUGCUGAGCAAGCCUGGAAAGUCGCCCAAGAAGGACAAGCCCGCUGAACAGUCCAAUGACGCACCCAAAGCCAACAAGAAGGAGAAGAAUGAGGCCAAGGAGGGUACCGAGAAGCCUUCUGCUGGGAAGCCUGCCGAGAAAGCUCAGUCGUCUCCGGCCGAGAAGAAAAAGAACAAGAAGCAGAGUCAAAGCCCCAAGGGUAAGAAAUCCAGUAAAUGA